ACAUGUGAUGACCAAUGAUGACCAGGCAGAGACAGCGUACAUACGGGAGCUUGUGAAAUUCGUUCUGGAAAGAGGUUUGACCUCUCAUGAUCCGGAAGCCGACGCCAAGACCCGAGCUGUUCCAUCGGCGGAGUAAAGAUGGCUGACCAAGGCGCCGCAGAUCCUGGUAAUAACAACAAUAAUAAACCUGAAGCCUCCGAGGGAACUAUUAUAAAGGUCACAGUGAAAACUCCUAAAGACAAAGAAGAAAUCGCCAUCGCAGAAGAUGCCUCUGUUACUCAGUUUAAAGAAGAGAUCUCGAGGCGAUUCAAAGCCAAACAGGACCAGCUGGUUCUGAUUUUUGCAGGGAAAAUCUUAAAAGAUGGCGACAGCCUCAGCCAACAUGGCAUCAAAGAUGGCCUGACAGUGCACUUGGUCAUAAAAACAGCACACAAGGCGGCAGAUGGUGGUAGCACAUCAGCCUCUAGCUCAACAUCCACCCAAGCAGGCAGUACCUCCACUUCAAAUCCAGGCACCAACCCCUCAACCACAACAGGCUCUACUGGCUCAGCCCCACCACCCACACAGACGCCCAACAUACUGACUGGCUUCGGUGACCUGGGUGGUCUAGCUGGACUGGGCAUGGGCUCGGCUAACUUCAUGGAGCUGCAGCAGCAGAUGCAGAGGCAGCUUAUGUCCAAUCCAGAGAUGCUUUCUCAAAUUAUGGAGAACCCGCUGGUGCAGAACAUGAUGUCAAACCCAGACUUGAUGAGACAGAUGAUUAUGGCUAAUCCUCAGAUGCAACAGUUGAUGGAACGCAACCCUGAGAUCUCCCACAUGCUCAACAACCCUGAGCUUAUGAGACAGACCAUGGAGCUGGCCAGGAACCCAGCCAUGAUGCAAGAAAUGAUGCGCAACCAGGACCGGGCUUUGAGCAACUUGGAGAGCAUCCCAGGAGGAUACAAUGCUUUGCGGAGGAUGUACACAGACAUCCAGGAGCCCAUGUUUAGCGCUGCCAGAGAACAGUUUGGUAGCAACCCAUUCUCAGCUCUGGGAGGGAGCUCCGAGUCUGGUGCCCAGCCAUCACGGACAGAGAACCGAGAGCCCCUACCAAAUCCAUGGGGGCCACCAACUUCUUCUAACCCUUCUGAGAGUGGAGGGGGCAGCACGGGGAGCAGUAGUACCACCGCAGGCACCACCCCAAGUGUGUCGAACCCUCUGGGCAUCAAUCCUGGCAGUCUGGGAAAUGGCAUGUUUAACAGCCCAGGCAUGCAGAGUCUACUGCAGCAGAUCUCUGAAAACCCUCAGCUGAUGCAGAACAUGCUGUCUGCUCCCUACAUGCGCAGCAUGAUGCAGUCACUGGCUCAAAACCCAGAGUUGGCCUCCCAGGUUUUGAUGAAUAACCCCUUGUUUGCUGGAAACCAACAACUGCAGGAACAGUUCAGAGCUCAGCUGCCUAUCUUUCUGCAGCAGAUGCAGAACCCAGAAGCUCUGUCAGUGAUGACCAAUCCACGGGCCAUGCAAGCUCUGAUGCAGAUCCAGCAGGGCCUACAGACACUGCAGACAGAAGCACCAGGCCUCAUGCCCAGUUUGAUGCCAGGUGGAAUUCCUGGAAUACCCACAGGAGGGGCCAUGCCCACAGAGAACCCUGCAUCUUCACCCAGCAGUGCUGGAACAAACACUGCCCAGCAGCAGCUGAUGCAACAGAUGCUCCAGAUGUUUGCUGGAGGAGGAGGUGGAGGCGGAAGCGCAACGACCCAGACCCCAGAGGUUCGGUUCCAGUCCCAGCUGGACCAGCUUAAUGCUAUGGGCUUCAUCAACCGCGAGGCCAACCUGCAGGCGCUCAUAGCUACUGGAGGAGACAUCAAUGCUGCAAUCGAGAGACUUCUGGGCUCACAGCCCUCGUAAAGACAUACAGUACCUAGUGAUACACAGACAUGCGCAUACAUACCUAACUCACAAAAACACCCAGCAUCUACAGAGAACCAAAAUAAAUUUCAGUGUAUUGUCCCCAACUUAACGGAACGAACGUGGGCAGGAUCUAUAAGACCUUCACUCUACAUCUGUUCUCAGAUCAUGCCCCAUUUCCCAUACUUUCACUCUUUGCCACCAUCCAACCAGAUCUCUGUCAAGAGUGCUGCCGUAGAGUUGGACUGAACCACUCUUACCGUAAAGGGUAUUCUGGUGCAGAGAAUAAGAGUGAAAAUCUCUCCUGGAAAGGGAUUCCCUACCAUUUUCACUAUAUAUAUUGUUUUCUUCAUGUAAAACUGGAGUAGAGUGCUACAGGUUAACAUUUUCAUGAUACAAAUUGAACCCACGUGAUGUGAUUGGCAUCUGGCUCUUUUUCCUACAUGGCUACUGUGAGGUUUGCUGGUAUUUAACUAGCAAAUUGAUAAAUGAAGAUUUUCUGAUUACAGGUGGCAAACCUGAGUGUUAGCAGGAAGGUAGCUUGUCCACGCAGAUGAUCCACCUUAUUUCCUCCUUUCCUUGUUCUAAAGAUUCUACUUAAAUGGCUGUCGUUCCCCAACAGCUUUCACUAUUUAUUGCAAGCUCUUAAUAACAUGACAUAAUACGUCAUUCAAGAUAAAAGUGCCCACUCACAGGUGCAGUGGCUUUUCCCCACUGAGGCACCAUUGCUGUGCCUGCUGUCUUCCACUGCCCUAUCAUCAGUGAAUUGCCUCACUCAGUGGGUUAUUGAGGACCCUGCCCCAACUAAGAAAAUUUCACGCACCAUCCAGAACUUUAGCCAUAAUCAGAUAUCACAUCGCAGCGUCUCUGAAGCAGACGGCGCAGUUAGAAUGAAUAAGAAUGAAACAAGUUUUCCUUUCGUUUUAAUCUUAUUCUUCAUUUUAAUUUCUCUUUCGAGGUGCAGUUAGUACCUAGAAGUGAUUUGUCUCAUCAAAAUAAAAUGGAAAUCAAAUGAUUAACGAAAAAUGAACGAUGGAACGGCUUUACAAACAACUCUGGUACAGUGGCAUCAUAAAUUUCUCAAAUCAAGCCUAGGUUGUUUUAUUUUAUUAUUAUUUUUUUUUUCCUUUUGAAAUUCUCAGCAAUGUAGUUGUGGUAACCUUGGCAACUGCUGCUAUAGCUUUGCUUUGUCUGUUGACCUCAGCUGGAAAAAAAAAAAAAGAAAAUCCAUCUCCGAAUUGAACAUGUUGAAACUAACUUUUAACAGUACUGUACUAAAAAAAUAAAACAUGAUUUAAAAACAG